AUGACCACUACGGCCAUAAGCGCAAAGCUCUCAGAGCUUGAAAACGUCAUUCGUGCCGCUGGAGAUAGUAUCUCAAGUGGAAAAUGGCUAUCUAAGAAGCAGGUAGACGACCUUGUAUUAAUCACAAAACAUUGGGCGCUAAAGCCGAAAGCAAUCAAAUGUCUCAAGACAGUCUGCUUAGUCUGGAGUGUUAACCCUCAAGACUUUUGUGAAGGAGUUGCGCUUGACUCGAGCAUCAUCCGGCGCUGCUACAAUGAUCUGAUAAGAAUUCGUGAUGAUAGCAGUCGUCGUAUUGUUUUACUUGUUGUCAUGUCAGAGAAGGUUGAGGAAGCACAACAAUAUAUCCGCGCUAAAAAGAGUAUCAGAAAUAGAUCACGAACAAAGAAGUCGGCCGAAGAUAUUUCCCUUCGGAAUACCGAGAUCCUAACCUCUUCUUUACGCGAUCUCACGAAACAGCUUUGGGGGGACCUUAAAGAAGAGGAGGAAAAACAACAAAAGAGGAACAACAUUUCGCUAUUCUCACGGUACGGGUGGAAAUGGGGACGGUUAAAGCAUGUUGCGAUAACUCUGUCAUUGGGAGCAGCACACACAAACAACAUACUACUUUUCAAAGGCAAUGGCUUCGCCAGUAUAGUCCGUCACCAACAGCAAGCAAGUGGUCUCGGUGCGCAGCCUGGUCGCAGCCUUGAAACAGACCUGGAUCUUGACUCAUUCUCCGCCUUCCCCCGAUACGGCAGUGUUCCGACAACGUCACAGGCAAAUACCUUUCCUGCCGCGCUGAACUUAGAUCUUGACUCAUCCUCCGCCUUCACCAAUUUACCGCAUAUCCCUCCUAUCGCAAACGAAUCCUUUUACCAGACCUAACCUUGGCGUCCGACUUUGCUUGACAAAUUGAUACUCCAACAGUACCUACCCAAAAUCACUAUAUUUUACCUGAGCAUAGUGUAUUUUGGUUAUAAUACUAGAAUGCCACUCUAGCAAUUUAGUGAUCCCAAGGACAGCAUAGAGUCGAAUAAUCACUAAUCAAAGAAUGGUGCUCAAAGUCCCUGAGAAACGUUUGCUGGUAAACACAUGGUGCAGUGUGCUGGCGUCACGGGACCUAGAGAGUGGGAAAAUGUAGGCUACUGGGGCAAAAGAGCUCAGUCACCACCAGCGCACUGCUGGUAGCAGGGCCGAUCAACCCCCGGGACCCCCAACAAAAAACUAGUCUCGUUGGUUGGUAUCAAUAUCAAUAUACUUUCACCUGUCAAAUGUCGUUGAAUCACGUGCUCUCCUGCCCCACCACGACGAAAAUAAUUUAAUUGCGCUUCAUUGAUAAAGAGAUUCAGAGUCAGUAUUCUUUCACGUUCGUGUACAAGAUUUAUUUAUUAAUCAACUUUCCGGGUAGCGGGAGAGAUUAUCUAACGUUCCAUCAAUCCUACGGAGUACUUAUUAUUAUAAGAUACCGACCAAACCUUUCCGGGUCUAGUGUCGAAUGCAGUCGGCUAAAGAGACUGUAUGCAUGAGAUACGUCGAAAAGAUGCAAGAAAGUGACGAUCCCAUCAAAUAUUACCGUUACCAGAAGAAUUCGAGCCUUCUGCAGAAAAGGCAGCUGCGGCAAUCUAUGGCACUGUAUCCGAGCCCAGCCCGACUCCGAGAUUUGAUCUUCCAGACGACUGUUUACCUGUCGUGGAGGUCAAAAAAUUGUACCAAAAAGCAGGAAAAAUCCUUACUCAUAGUUCCCGAUCCAAUAUCACACGGUGUCGUGUUAGAAAAGUCUUUCUCUGCCGGAGGGAAACAUGAUGCGAUAAUUGUCCCCCUGGUCGCAAUCAAAGACCCCAAGAUCUACGCAUGGGCCCCAAGGAGGAAACAGAAUAGCAGUAGACUGGCAGUGGCAGAGAGCUCUAUUUGUAUCAAAGCUCACCUAUUUUCAGUGUUGAAGGCGAGAAACGAAUCGGAGCAGUGCUUGUUUAUUUCCCACGAAAACCAUGACACAAUUCAUUUAGAUCUAUAUCAGUGGUGUUACUCGAUAUGUGAUAACAAAGGGUGUUGCGGAUAUGAAACGGGAUACCUGUUUACUCAUUGUGAAAUACAUAUUGGUACUGGCUGCAAGCAAUAAGAUAGAUUCCGAGUAUUAUUAGCAGGAAAAUUUCUUUGUCUAAUACUCACGAAAUCUCAAAUGAGAACAGUUUGUUUCUAAUGCUUUUCAUUUGAGGAGAGCUCAUUCGCUUAAUCCUAACAAUGAUGAAAGACAAUAAUAAGCCUGUGGAACGGAAAGGAGAAUCUUAUCUCUGUAACGUACUAUUCUAUUUAUUAGUUCCAUUCCCUUUACGGCCUAGUGGUUACGUAGGGCUUCGCGCUUGUCAACAAUUACAAAAUUUGGGGGUCAUAUAUGACAGAUAUUAAAAAAACAUUGGUCUUCAAGCAGCAAGGUUUCCAUGCGGUAUUUCCAUAAAUUUGGUGUAGAUGUUUCGUUUUGUAUCUUCAUAGAGAAUAUCCACCGCGUUUCGAGUGAUAUGUUACCCGUUUGCAACUUCAUCGGUGGCAUAGGUAGGCCGUAGGCCAUGACGAGGAUUCGAGACGAAGGGGAAGGUCGUUGAUGACAGGAACCAACGAAUUGUCUAGAGUAGAGGCCUUGUACUGUUCAUUGAAAACGAAGAGGAUUGAGAGGCGUCAGUUUUUGUUCGUAGCUGUAGCUCUCCUGCUUCUGGCUGAUGGCUCAGUCGGCUUCAUCGAAUCAACGCGGCGCUCGUGUCAGUCCCAGAGAGUAGAGAUUAUCUUAGCUUCGUCAAACUGCCAGAGGCAGGGGACUACUGGUCCCUCGCACUGCUUAGAAGUGCAACCUCGUCGCGAGGGUGAU